UGGCACUUGCAGAGGCAUCUGACGCUUCCCAACGUGCUGCUUAAAUCACCGAGGAAUCUCAUUCUCGCGUCGGACUUCCUCAAGAGCUAUGUUGCCACAGUUGGUAGGCCUUAUCUGACACAAUAUGACCUCAACGACGAUGAACAAUUCGACAAUGAUACCGGCGAGACUACCGCCACCGGGUAUGACCAGCAAUCUAAUCAAUCCUGCCAGUACGGGAUACCAACAGACGAUAUGCAAUAUUAUAUGUGUCACAUUCGUCACGAUUUUCGUGGGGAUGAGAAUCUAUACGCGCAUCAAACUGGACAAUCUGUUGACGAAAGAGCAGAUCUUAUGAUUUUCGCAACACUCGUGUUCUACACUGAUGUAGGAUGUUUUCAAUACAUAGUCAAAGUAGGCUUGGGUAAACAUUUAUGGGAUGUCAGUGCUGCAGACUUCUCACCCACCUUCUUGGAAGUCUGGACUUUUGCUGCCAUGAUCUACUCGGUGUGCAUGCUGCUCGUCAAGAUGUCAAUCCUGAUGCUGUAUCGUCGAUUGUUUCCUAUCGAGAACUUCAGAUACUUGUGGUGGGCGUGUGCAUUUUGCACUGUGGGAUAUGGUUUAGGCGCCAUCUUCUCGAGUCUGUUUGCAUGCGUGCCUGUUAGAGCUAACUGGGACUUGACUAUCGCUGCCUCAAGAUGUAUCAACAAGCAGGCAUUUUAUAUUGGCAAUGGCGUCAUGAACAUCGUCACGGAUUUGAUGAUUCUGGCUCUACCUAUACCCAUCGUGUGGAGGUUGACUCUUGAGCUGAGACAGAAGAUCAUCCUCAGUGUUGUCUUCACGUUGGGUUCAAUUCUAGUACGCCUCCUCAGCAUCGUAACAUGGAUCCGUGUCGGCGACGACGACAUCACAUACACACUCCAAAGCAUCGUAGUCUGGUCGUACGUCCGCCUUUCUCCCCUACCUCUCUCAACCCCCAACUCCAAGCUAACACAGAAUCCANGCGAAAUCGAACUCGCAGCUUGCAUUCUCUGCGCCAACGCCCCCUGCCUGCGCCCCUUCUUUACAACCCACCUCCCUUUCCUCUCCCUUCACACCCACAAAUCCGCCUCUUCCAACGAGAAAACAAACAACUUUCCUACCACGAUUGGAGGANAAAGAUCACGAGCAAUCUCUCCUUAUCCCUACGAUGACACCGAUGGAAUCUUUGACGGCACCCAAGACGUAGAACUCGAGAAUUAUGAUGUCGAGAUGAACACCCCCACAACAACAUCACCUGCANAAAUCAUCGCUGGGAAAAGUGCAACAACAACAACGACAACGACAAAACACUCCUAUGCCAAACACGGCUAUAAACCCUCUACAGGAAACAUGACAAUUGUUUCUGUGUUAUCCAAGCAAGACAGCAGAACCCCCAGUCGACGAGGUAGUAUUUCGUCAUCGGAGGAAAGCAGUUUGGGGAAAAGUGUUAGUAGACAACAGAGUUUGAGGAGUGUGGGAGGAGAGAAGAGAGGAAGGAGAGGGCAGGAUGAGAGAAGAGGGAGGAUUAGUGCAGAGGAAGAGGGAAGGAUUGUGGUGCAUACGACUUAUGAGGUUCAGACUGUUAGGGAGGAUGUU